AGCGAUCAUUUAUGAUGAAAAUGCAGUAUGAUAUUAAGCAAGCAUGGCGACGUGCCAUGUUGUUGAAUGUCAUCAUAAGCUAGACUGACGUUGGUAAAACGUGAUUUACGUGACUGUUGUCAAAGGCUCAUCAAUAGUGAAUGGUUCCGCAACAAUACCCGAAACCUUCCAAAAUGUUCGACGUAUAUUCCUUCAUGGAAAGUGCGAGAGAGGCGAUCAUUCCAUUGGCGUGGUACAUCGUUGCAGCUAUAGUUGUUUUACUCUACCUUCAGCCAUAUAUCAAGAAAAAGUAUAACAGCUGGAGACAUAAAAAAGAUGAAUUCGAAUAUUCAGCAAAAUACCACAAAGACUCUGAUAUGUUUCAACAGAGACAAACUGCAAUGGAAGCUGCAAGAUUAAGAAUGCAGGCUCAAUAUAUACAAGAUGCUGAAAAAGCAAGACAGCGAGAACAAGAGCGAAUCGAAAAGAAAAAGCAAGCGUUGAUGGAGCUUACAGAAGGAAUAGAAAUAGGUAAAAAAUUGGGAUAUGCAGAUGGCAAUGGUUCUGCAUCAGGCUCAAAGCCUAGCUCAAAGUCCAGUUCAAAGUCACUCAAAUCAGAAUACAAUCCGCUAAUGGGUGAAACCAGUCGUGGGUAUCGAGCACCGAAAAGAAGUUGCUGUGGAAAAGGUGGUUGCGGUUAAUUCUCACACUUUUAGACAUAAAUUAUUACACGAACUCAAUUAAUAACCUAAGAGUUGUAUGAUCUAUUAGGCAAUUGAUUUUAAUUAUAUCAAUUUAAAAGUAAUAUUACUUAAUCGAUUUUUCGGUAUAUGGUGGUUAUUUAACAAAUCAAACAUAAUAAACUACAGG